AUGGUAAAUAUCCCUCUUUCAGUAAAUUUUCAUUUUCAGUCAUCAGAAAUUAUGAAACUAAGCCCACUAUUAUCGCUAGCGUUUACUUCGCUCUACUCGGUAUCCUACGUUCAUGGACAGCACAUUGAAAAGAACACAUUCACGGUUGGAAAUACCAUUAUCCAGGGUGACACUCUUAUUGACAAGGGCGUCUGGUGGACUCUUGUUCGUCCCGACUUAGAAACAUUUACUAGCACGGUAAAUAUUUCUGGUGGACUCUACAUUUUUAGCGAUAAUCUAACUUCAUUGAAGGUUAACACCAACAAAUGUCAAGCAUUUAUAAACUCUGGUAUAGUGUUCUUCAAAGUUCUUCUGACGUCGGCUAAUUACUACCUUAAAGUUGGCGAGUUUGAAAAUAGUGGUGAUAUGUUCCUUCUCGCAGAAACUACGAACAGUAUUAGUUACAGAAUUGAAUCUGAAAAGUGGGUGAACCAUGUGGGUGCAACGUUCAAUAUGUAUCUUGACUCAAGAAUCGCGAGAGAGACUGUCACCCUUGGAAUAAUGGGAAAAUCCAUUUCUAAUGAAGGACAAAUUUGUUUGAAAAACUUUAGAUGGAAUUCUACCAGUGCCAUAGUAGGUAAAGGGUGCAUUGAUAUUGGUAUCAAUUCCAUAUUUCAAUAUAAUUUACCAAGGAUUCCAAUGAGCAGUGAUCAGACAUUUUAUCUUUCUUCCCCAUCUUCCACUUUGUAUGUCGGUUCCACUGAACAAUACUUACCGUACACUGUUGCUGGAUUUGGAAAUGGGAAUGUAAUUGCACUCAGUAAAAGAAUCAUUAAGUAUUCCUAUGAUGAUCCCCUGGGUAUUUUGAUUUUACAGACCGCACUGUACACCAUGAAGUUUCAAAUCGGCCACGGGUAUGAUCCGGAUUUGUUCUACUUAAUGCCAGCAGCUGACCUAGGUCCAGGAAUUGGUGAUACCAAGCUUUAUGCGGCUUUUUCGUACGAUGGAAAUGUACCAGAUGAAAGCACGAGUUCGUCAGUUUGCAAGUUUUGCCAAGAUGAGCCAAUGUUCCCGCCUGAAGGAAGUCUUACAUAG